UAAUUGACAUACCAUGACAGUAGACAUCAAAAGCCGAUGUUUUUGUGUGUUGAUGAGGUUUUUGUGGGCCUCGUCCUCGUAUCGUAUAAAAUUAUAUUAAAAAAAUAAUUGUAAAAGUGAAAAUGCGAUAUUUUUCUAACUUAUUUCCCGAUAAAAAAGGUUUUAUUACUUUUGUUUUGUACAUAGUACUGUUUGUAUUUCAGGGUGUAUUUGUAACAGCAUCAAAAACAAAAUCAGGAGGAUAUGCCUACAACACCACUCUUGUGGUUUUUUUCUCAGAAUUAUUGAAACUAGUUGCAUCAGCAAUAUUAUACUCAUACCGACGCGAAAAUAAACCACACCUUUUGAAAGCAAUUGCCAUAAAUCAUGAGCUUCUACUAUUAUACUUCGUACCAUCUUUACUUUAUUGCUUUUAUAAUAAUUUGGCAUUUAUUAAUUUAUCGCACUAUGAUCCAACAUCCUACUAUGUACUUCUUCAGUUUAGAAUUGUGGUAACAGCACUAUUAUUUCAGUUCCUGUUUCAGAAGAAAUUAACGAGCAUCCAGUGGGCGUCUUUGGGUGUUCUUACAUUUGGAUGUAUUUUAAAAAAUAUAGAUGCUGCUUCUAUGGACGCUCAAAACGGCGGUAAUGGUUGGUCACAAAUAUUUAACAUUUACUUUUGGUCAAUUAAUUUUCAAAACUUUUGUUCGUGUUUAGCGGGAACGUACAACGAAUAUUUAUUGAAAACAAAAGGUUCUAACGUAGACAUAUUUUUACAAAAUGUUUUUAUGUACCUCGACUCAGUAUUAUGUAACUUUUUCGUGUUGAUGUUCAAAGGUGAACUAGAAACUAUUUUUGAAGACAUUCCCUCACUGUGGGAUGUGUUUGUGAUACUAAUUACUGUUAAUAGUGCUGUAGUGGGAAUUGUCACAAGUUUUUUCUUAAAAAAUCUCAACUCUAUAUUGAAAUCAUAUGCGAGCGCUUUAGAAUUAGUGAUAACAGCUGUAGUGUGCUAUUUGAUAUUUAAUAUUUAUAUAACAUGGUAUACCAUAAUAUCGAUCGGUUUAGUCAGUCUUGCUGUAGGUAUGUACUUUAAAAAUCCUGUAGUUAAUGUAAGUCCCAGUCCUGGAGAUAAAGAUUGCAAGCCUCUACUGGAAGUGACGUCUCAGACAUAGGUUAGUUAAAAACAUAGACUUAAGAAUAUUUGGGCGGAAUAUUUAGUGUUAACGGGAAAUGUCGAUGGAUUUCUGUAUGGUUGAGGACAUCCAAAAGUGGCCAGCCAUAAGGAGAUUCAAAACAGGCUCCGGACAUCUAGGCUUCACGUCAAACCUCGUCCAUCCUUCCUUACAAGUCUAUGAUUCAAGACUGACCGUGCCUUAGUAAAAUUUAAUUAAGUAACCUACAGCAAGGAUCUGAUUAUAUAAUAUUUUUUAAUACUUCUAGAAGUUAUUUUUGACCUCAAAAAUUAGAUUUUUUUUUUAGAUAAGAUUAUAUGAUUUGAUUGAUUUAGAUUUCAGCAUAAACUCCUUUUUUUAAAAUUUUAUGAUCAUUUAGACGUAAACAGUAAAAUUAAUUUUGAAACAAGAUUUCUCUAUGAAUAUUACAUCAUCAAGGAGAAAAAUCUCAAAAAAAGUCUCAACUCAUCUUUUUGGAAUACUUAAGGUUGUCUCAAAGCAAUAAUAUUAUCAAAAUAGCAAAAUACGUUAGCUACUUAGGAAAAUAAAAACGAUAACUACUAUAACUUCUAUGGUACUCAAAAUGAAGCUAUAUAUUUUAAAAAUCUCACCAUGGCGCAAACCAAGGUAUAGCCCCAAAAAAAAUUUGUUGUCUCAUGUACUACAUGAGACAACAAAAAUAAUUUGUUGUCUCAAGUACUACACGAGAUAACAAAUUAUUUUAAUUUAAUAAUAAUCAUUUACAUGUUAGGAUUGUGAUACUGAAACUAUAGAAUAUUUUUUAACCAAAAACCAGUUACUUAUUAAAAUAUUCAUACAUACAUAUGUACAUACAUAAAAUCACGCCUCUUUCUAAAAUAUUCAUAUUUCAAGUUACUUGAGAAAAAUUGUUAGCAUCAUGAACUCAACGUCUUUCAUUACUUUUUUAUAAUAUUGUACAUAAAUUGUUACAUUUUGUAAGAUAGAACUUACUAGAGGUACACAUUUUUAGCUACAUCUGUUUGGCGAAUACCAAAGGAUCUCAUAGCUGUGAGAAAAACAUUAUAGAUUUGUAAAUUAGUAAUAAUAUAUCUUUUAAUACUGCCCGUAUAUAUUUUGUUAGCCUAAAAUAAGAUCUUUAUAUUUAUUCGCUCCUUAAAUAAUAUAAUAAUAAGUUAAAUUAUUUUAGAUGUACAUUAUGUACCAUCUAUAUAUAUUUUUAAAUUUUUGCGUUGCAUGAUUAUUAAUGACUAAGGUAUAUUAUCUACAAGAUAUAAUUACACACAAAUUAGAUUGGGAUAAGCAUAUUUACUAUUUGGGAAACGACCGUCAAAUUUUAUCAGUUGGGAAAGAAGACCUAUGUUUAUUUUAAAGGUAGAUUCAGAAGUUGAUUUUGUGACAGCUUAAGUUUGCGGAGGUCAAAUGGCAGUUACGUUAUAUUUAAAAGUCAUUUAAAAAAUAGUUAUGCAUCUUAGUGACCUCCCAACUUUAAUUGGGGUCAUAGUAAUAGUGCCCAACCAAGAGCAGAUGUACCAAAACGUAGGAUGAUGGUUAGUGUACAAAAAUUAUGCUCAAUGAUAAAGAUGACUUCAUAUCAAUAAAUUAAGUGCCAUUGUAAAAAAUGUAACUUAUAGUAAGCGUCAUUUACUAUUAAUAUUUUAAUCAUGUGCGUAUUUAUUUUAAUUUAUGGUUAUUCAACUUAUCUGUGUUUAUGUAUACACUCUAAACUAGAAGCAAAAUUGUAUAUGUGAUUUAGUGCAUGAUAACUUUAAUGAUAUAAGUAAUAAUGACAACAAACAAACAAUAUUGUUGACAUUAUGAGGUAAUUUCUUCGUCACAAUAAUUCUUUAAUUUAUAUUCGUUAUGAUUGCAAAUCUUUCUUAAUUACUAAAUUUUCUGUAGUAAAAACAAGUAGGUAUUUACUAGAUGUCUUUAUUGCAAUAUUGCGUUUAAGUGGUCAACAGUCCUACUGAGCAAAGUUUACUCUGUUGAGGAGUUCAUAAUGAAUAGAAUACUCUGAAGAACUAUCCUAUGGAAGUGCCCUAUGCAUGUACUUUGCCUGCAUACCUAAAUUAACCAAACCCGGAUACAAACAUGGCGGACUAGAGAUGUUCACUUGUUCAUUUAGUCGAUAAUAUUUUAUCGAUGGAUGAGUAAGUUAAGAUUGUUUAUUUCCGAUCACAGUUAUAUCUUUAAAGUUUUAUACGUCUGUGAUUUGGUUCUACAUUGGGAAUCCCAACUAUCUUGGCUAUAUUCUAAGGUCCAACAAUAUUUUAUCUAUCACCAUCUAUAUCAUUUGGAUAAAAAGUGUUUGGAAAUCAAAUAUAAUUAAUACCCUGUGAUUCAGAUUAUAGCUAAACCGCUGGACCGUUUGUGAUGAAAUUUGGUGCGGUAGUAGUUAAAUACCUGAGUUCAAAUUUAAGUCAGCGGCAGCAAAAGUACAUCCAAGCCAAUGAAGAGAGUACUGAUAAAAGUGUGUUAAUGAUUUUUCUCCCGUAAAAUCACUGUUGUGAGAAAGAGACAGAUAUAUCAUUGUUAUUUCUGAGUCAAGUUGAACAAUUUCGGCAUUUCCUUAUGAUAGUUCUUCAUUGAUAGAAUAACAGAAUCAAAAAUAAAUGUUCAACAAACUACUUAAUUUUAUCUCUUACUAUUGCUUACUUAUCAUUUGGCACUUAUUCCCAAGUAUUGGAGGAGAAAUGAAGGCAAAUAAGUUCUCGGUCUAUUGUAUUUGUUAAAGUUACAACUUCGCCGCGUACAGAUUUCAUUUUAUAUAUUAAGUAGGAUGAAUAUCCUAAGCCAACAGUAUAAGUAAUAACAGUAAACAGUACGAUGGAAAGCAAGGGAAAAAUAAAACAUUUAAAUUUAUUUUAUGUUUAUUUAAUUAACUAUAAGCCUUGCUUAAAAACUAUUUAUAAUUGAUCGAGGGUGUACACGCUUAUUAAAUAACGACAUUGGGACACGCUCAAAGAUAAAUCUUUAAAAGUCAAAACAACGUGUAAAAAUGUAUUUGUCGGAAUUAUUUUAUGUCAAUAAAGUAUUAUGUUAAUGAAUACAAUA